AACAACAAAAUUUUUCACAAUGAAUGCCUACUAUACGCUAUACUCGGGCGACAAUUACGACGACGAGUCGAUUGGCGAUGAACGCAGCGAAGAAGAUACGGACGAUGCAAGCGAAACUGAGUUUCGCAGUCCUCAUCGCUAUGGCGGCACCAAUGGGAAUUCGUCCUCCAACAACAACAACAGCAACAAUGGCAGCAGCAACAACAACAACAAUAGCAGCAACAACAACAAUAACUUCAUGAACAGCAACAACAACAACAUUGGCAGCAAUAGUGAGCUGAAGGAACAGAUGUAUCAACAUAAGCUGAUCAAUCUGCACAAGCAACUGGACGACCUGAAUCAACAUAUACAUCCCGAGUAUUUAAAGCGUUUGCGUAAGUUAGAUAAUCAGCUAAAGGAACGCCGACGUCUCAAUGAGAUCUACAAGGAUUACAUGCGUGAGUGCGUUGAUCGUGACUAUAUACUGGAGAAGAAUGCAGCACAGAAGGAAUACGAUGAGAAAAUGAUGGAUCUCAAGGAUAAUCUGAUAGCUGACUUUGAGGAUCGAAAGCGCCAGAUUGAGAAUGAGAGAUAUAGCUUAGAGCUAACCAAUGAUUCUAUGGAAAUUAAGACAACAGUCACACGCAAGCUGCGACGGCGACCCAAUGAACCGCUGCCGGUGAUUGAGAAGCGUCGUAAACCGGCGACGGGUCAACUGCUGGUCUAUCAACUGGACGAUAAGGAAAUCGAGUCCGAUUUAAAGAUGAUACAGCGUGGCAAACCGAUGCCGCUGCAGCAGAACGGCAUGGGCUCCUACACAAACACCCAGCAACAGCAGCAACAACAGCAACAACAUCAACAGCAGCAGCACCAACAACAGCAGCAGCAAUCGUCGCACGGCCUGCUCUCGGAUGCGAACAGCUAUGUGGAGACGCGCAUCGAGGACAACAAGUUGCUCUACGAACGUCGCUGGUUCUGUCGCGGCCAACAGAUCUACGUUGAGGGCAAGGAUACGAACAAGUUUGCAGCAACCAUUACGGCCAUUAGCAACGAUGUGAUCUGGGUGAAGCGAUCGAAUGAGAGCAAAUUCAAGAUCAACAUGUCGCAUCUGGCUAAGGGGAAAAUCGUCAUAAAGCGUCGAUAGCGCAAGAAGAGAAAACCCAAUUAAAUAAUAAUACAAUUUUAAGUGUACAUUUAACAACAAACAU